AUGGCAGAACAGAACAUCCAGCACGCUGAGGAUGACGCCCAGGCGGCUCUGCUGCAAGCCCUGCUGGACAGCGACUACGAGAGGUUCAGCCGCCUGCUGGACGGCGGCCGGGUCGACCCCUCCCACCGCUACGGGAAGCCGCACCUCGCCAGCUGCCUCGAGAUAGCGUGCCGCCGACCGACCCUCCCGACUGCUUUCGUUAAUAAACUGCUCGAAUGUGGUGUCAAGCCAAAUGUCAACAUCAUCGUCCCGGAGCCGAUUCAUUACGCUGCCCGGAGCGGUCACUCUGCAGCGCUCUCCAUAUUGCUGUCAAAUCCGAAGACAAAGGUGAACUCAACAGACAGCUCAGGGCAUAACGCCUUGCACUUUCUUGUGAUGGCGUUCAGAGACAACGCUCCUAGAAGGCAGACCAAAGGUUUUGAAUCUUGCAUCGAACUGCUUGUUAAUUGUGCAAGAUUUGACAUAAACAACACUGACAGUAAAGGUUUAUGCGCGCUGCACCUUGCAGCUAACCUGAAGAGACGGAAGGCUGCAGCACUUAUUAUUGAUAAGAGCAAAGCUGCACACCGAGAGCUAGACGUCGACCGCCGGCUGGUGGGUCGACGGACUGCGAGGCAGGCGUUGGAGGCUCAGCUGCCGGAGGUGGCCGCCAAGAUGGCGGCAGCGGGCGUCCACGUGCCUGCGGGCAAGAGGCGCCUCCUCCUGGCCAUGGACCAGGGAGACUUCCCGCUGUACCAGCGGCUGCUGAGGCGCGCCGCCACAGAAGACGACUUCGACCCGGACUUCUGGUUUGAACAGCCGUACAACACUCGGCUUCUAGAGCGAGCUUGUGGCCUGCGGGACUCAGAACUCGCCGCAAAAUUUGUGAAAGUCACACUUGAUGCUGGGGCCAGACCUUCUGCUGUCAAUCUCUGUAAUCAGAGGAGGCCGCUCCAUGUGGCUGCUGCAUCAAGGAACUCUGCUGCUCUGAAGCUGCUUUUGGAAUGUGCGCCUGGGGACGUUAAUGCUAAAGACACCAACGACCAAACAGCUCUUCAUCUUGCAGCUUCAUGCAGUUCGUCCACACACUCGCACGACUGCCUGCAGCUCCUUCUAAAUGUGGAAAACGUGGAUGUCAACUUGAAAGACAGUUCUGGACACACUCCAGCUGAUGUUGCAGGAUGUCUUGUUGCUCUGAGCAUGAUACAGAGGUGUGGCGGGACAAAGAGUGGGCCCAAUACGAGUUUCGGUCACGGAGCUAAUGGUCGUAUGAACCUCUUAUCAAACGGUCAUCCUGGCGCACCAGUAACACAUGGCGAUGUCAUCAUCCCGAUCUCCAUAGCAAGUGGGUUUGGCCCAGCAACUGAUGAAACCACAAAUGGUCCCAGUCUUUUUCGUGGCUUCAGAAGCGAUGGUGGUAGUGCUGUCGAUGGCAGCGACUUUCCCAACGGCAACUUUGCUGGGGGCGGCUUCAGCACUGGUCGUUUCAAUGAUGGCGCAUUCGGUCGUGCACUUUUUAUCGGUGAGGGCCUGGACAGGAACGGUAGGGCUGAUUCUGGCAAUGGUAGUAGUAGCAGCGACUCCUAUAAAGACAACAGAAGCUUAGUAAGUGACUGGACUGAUGGUGCUGGGGACGAUACACACGUACAACCGAGAAAUGUCUGUUUGAAGAAAAAGCUUUUUCAUUUGAUGGUGAGAGGCCAGUACGCAAACUUUGAAGAAGAAUUUGAUAAGCUAAGUUCCUCUGAUGCGUUGAUGGACUGUGCAGACUGUGGUUACACUUUCUUACAGUAUGCUUGUGAGAGGGGUUUGCACGACUUUGCAAAGAAACUUCUUGAAAAAGUGAACCCAAAUGCAACUCAUGAGAGAAACAGAAGAACGCCUCUGAUGCUUUCCUGUUUGCAGAAUGACAAGAAAAUGGUUUGCAUAUUGCUCAAUACUGAAUCCACUGUAAAAAUAGAUGUAAAUGCUGUUGAUCACAAAAGAAACACUGCACUUCACUUUGCUGCCAAAAACGACAUCGAAAUCAUCGUUGAGUUACUUAGUCGAGGUGCUGAUCUGCUAGCAAAAAAUGCCUUUGGAUACCCUUGUACUAACCAUUGUUGUCUAGGACGCAGACAGACAGCGGCCACCCUGGAAAACGUCCAGGAUCUGGUGAGUCCCAACGCAGCAAUGCUGCGUUUGUUGGGACUGUGGCGCGCACCGGGGUCUGAUGGUGAUGGUGUCGGCGGUGCCCUGGCUCUGAUGCGCGGCUGGCUCUGCUGCGCCAUGGUGGGCUUCGCCUCGGUCGCCACCGGGGCCAAGCUGUGCAUGGACACUCCGGAGGAGCUGACCGCGCUCACCGACUGCGGCUACAGUCUGUUACGGCUGUCUGCCAUUACAGUGAAGGUAAAAAUCUUUCUAACAGGCUGGUGGAAAAUGAAAAACGAGUACCCUCCACAUGAUCUCACGUGA